AUGACACAUUCUCCUAAUCAACAAAAUCAAAUCCUAUACAGUGAAAGUGAAGAGUGGAAGGAUAUUAAACCAAUAUAUAAUACUCCUGAUGAAGAUUGUGCAGUGAAGAUUUCAACAACUGAAGAAUUUGAUGAUGCCUUUGCUUACUUGAGGGCAGUUAUGAAUGCAACUGAGUUGAGUGAGCGUGUACUCGAAUUGACAACAACUUGUAUUUCUUUAAACGCCGCUAAUUAUAGUGUUUGGAAUUAUCGGCGUAAAGUUCUUCGUGUAUUAGGCUUGAAUAUUGAGGAUGAAUUAAAAUAUUGUGAAACAGUUAUCGCCUUUCUCAGGUAUCACCGAAGAGCUAUUGUGGAAGAAUCUGGAGAAUAUCGAGCCGAACUUGAAUUUACGGCUUCUAAACUUGAAGAUGAUUCGAAAAACUACCAUGCAUGGCAACACAGGCAAUGGGUUGUUGAAUAUUUCAAUCUUUUUUCACCUGAGGAAAUGGACUUUGCCGACUCACAUCUAAAAGAGGAUUUAAGAAAUAAUUCAGCAUGGAAUUAUCGUUAUUUUAUUUGCUUGAAUUUGAGUGAUCGUUUUCAGCAAAAUCAAUUUUUGCAGAUUGAAAUAGAAAUUUUAAUAAAUGAUGAUUUGGGGCUACAACGGCCGGAAAUUGUUAAUGUUGUGAAAGAAUUGCUUUCAAGAAUUCCAAGCUGUCCAUCUCCUCACUUGCAUCUUUUUGUUGUUAAUUCACUCAUUGAACAAAUUCGAAAAUGUACAAACAACAAACAAAAAGUCGAAUAUUCUUUAACUGUCAAUCAACAUCUAAAAAUUCUAGAAGAAAUUGAACCUAAACGAAUUAAGUAUUGGCAUUAUAUGAAAAAAUUUAUUGAUGAUUUGCUUAUGGAUAAUUGCAAAAAUUGUAAAACUUGUUCAAGAGAAGUUGAAUCAUCUUAUAUAGACAUUUAUCCAGUCAAGCCUCCACGACGAAAUUCAUCUAAUGAAGAUGUUUUGAGACAAACAAUGAUGUUACCUGAUGAUCGAUCGGUAAAAGUUGAAUUAUAUAAAGGUGAAGAUCAGAUGGCAGAGAUUAUGGCAUUAAUGAGACGGUUAAUUUUCUUUAAAAAAAUAAUUAGGGAGAUUAUAUUUUGUAGAGAAUUAAGUGAACCUUACUCUAUUUAUACUUAUCGUUAUUUUAUAUAUUGUUGGCCAGAGCUUUGCUUUUUGAAUGUUGGUAUUGGCACUACACUAGCAAAAGCUAUUAUUCACGCUAUGACAGAUAGAGGAUGCGAGGAGGUUUUGAUUUGUAAUAUUUACAAUUUGAAUUAUUUUUUGAAGAUUGUUCUGGAAACGGAGGCAAGUAACAACAAUUCACUAUCUCUUUAUGCUCGUCUCGGCUUUAUUCGUGAAUCGCGACUUUUUCGCUAUUAUAUGAGCGGUUCAGACGCUUUUCGGCUAAAACUUUAUUUGCCGGAAUCUCGAAAAGAAGAUGAUGAAAACCCUAAAAAUGAUACUUCUGUUGUCGCUGCUGACUUAAUCUCGACUGUUUCUAUUAAGGAUGAUUUAUGUGAAGAAGAAAAGACAAAAGACUCUAUUUGA